AUGAUGGGCAUCCAGCGUACGGAGUUGGCGUUCCCGACGUUGGGCAAACGCAGCCAGACACACCCUCACCAUCAUCCACCAGUCCAAUCGCACAUCCAUCCCCGCAGCACGCCAACCAGCUCAUCAUCACUUCCUCUACCACUCGGUCUGUCGCAUUCAUGA